AUGACUUUUGGGCCGCACAAGGCUGUCGCUCCCCCUCGCAUUCGAAGACUGCUGGCUGCCAGCCAAAGUCCAUCUCAAUUCUACUCGGCAAGUCACACGCGCCUUUUAUUCCAUACGCCCUUCAGACCACUCGUCUCGUCUAUCCUUGGGAGGAGAAACUCUUCUUCAGUGUCGCAUUCAAUUCGAGUACCGGAGACACUUCCCGUGGACGUCCCCGUUGAUGAGGAGAAAGUUCCACGUUACAAUCCAGAGGCUUUCUACCCUGCAAACCCGGGAGACGUUCUGGAUAGCAGAUUUGAACUGCUGGCCAAACUCGGCUGGGGAACGUCAUCCACUGUCUGGCUUGCCCGUGAUAAUGAAUGGAACCGUUGGACAAAGUCCAACAAGUUUGUCGCUAUCAAGAUCUGCACUUGUAAUGUCGUGCAAAACGAGAGCCCGCACGAGUUGGAUAUUUCCAUUCACCUCUCCUCAUUCAAAUCACAACACCGAGGACGAGCCAUUUUAGGGACAGCUAUUGAGAGCUUCGGGUUAGAUUCACCCACUGGCUCUUCGCACCUGGCCUUGGUUUUUGAACCUAUGAGGGAACCGCUUUGGUUAUUCAGGAGGCGCAUCAUGGGCCAAGAUAAGGCCACGCGUUCAUGGAUGCCUCUAGUAAAGGGAUAUAUCCAGAUUCUCCUCGAGGGGCUUGAUUUUUUACACCAAGAGGGCCACAUCAUCCAUACCGAUCUAAAACUCGACAAUAUCAUGGUCACCUUUGAAGAUCAGUCUGUUAUUGAAGAAUUUGUCCAAGGACAGAUACAUAACCCAAUGGCCCGAAAGACAGUCGGGAAUCGGACAGUAUACAGGUGCCAUAAUAACUUUGGAGAUAUUGAUGGCAAGGAGGGAUUGAAGAAUAUGUACCCAAAGAUCACCGACUUUGGCCUGGCACAGCGAAUGGACAACCCCGGACCCCAUAUCCAUCCGAUACAACCUGACGAUUGCCACGCCCCAGAGGUGAUUCUUGGGGUGGGAUGGUCUUAUAGCGCCGAUAUAUGGAACUUUGGCAUCAUGGUUUGGGACUUUCUCGCGGGCCAAGGGCUUUUCCAGCAGAGCAACUCCCGUCCAUAUUCCCCAGUAGAGCACCUGGCGGAGAUGAUGGCCUUACUUGGCCCUGUGCCGCCGAUACUGAUACAACGCGAGAGAAGCAUGCGGCAAUGGCAGUGGAGUCCUAGGGUACGCAAUGCUCGCGGCGAAUUGUCUAGCAACGCUGCCGAAUUUUACGGAGGCCCAUUCUUCACUGAUAAAGGUAACAUUGUGUUGACUACUGGCCACCUCCUUUGCUAG